ACGUACAGUUGAUAAUCGUCGAAGCCUCACACAACGAGACUCUCCCACUCCUUCGACAACGCGACCAUCGCGGCAACACAGGAGAAGACUUCUUUCUCAGCCUCUCACUCUCUCAGCCACUCGUCCAUCAGUCCAUCACGCGGCGACCUCUUCUCCCAUCCCAGGCGUGACCAUUUCGGCGACAAGAGAGUAGAGUCUAAGUAACCCACCAGUCCGACUGCCAACGCACCGGAGGCCGUUAGGUGUGCUUCAACCAUUUAAUUGGUUUCUGUGGUAUGAAAUUUCUUGAUUGCGGCAGGAUUCUGGCUUUGAUGCAUCGGGGACCUAGCCGCGCUCCUUCACUGCCUCUCGCGCUCGCUGUUCUCCGUUCUCCUUCACUGCCCCUCUCCGACCUCAUGCGUGCUCCGUCUCUCACCUCGUCACUCAAAGCGUUGUACGGAACCUCAUUCUCCUGUCGGCCUCGUCUUCCCUCCGACGUUCCCUUUCCGGCUCGGGUUAUCAGAUCUCCACAGCGUCGACAAUGGCAAAGGAAGAACAGAUUCAUGCAUCGUCAUCUCCAACCUAGGCCAACCCCUAUUCACAAGCCUGCUUUCAUGUGGAUGGCUAUCAGACAGAAAUCCGGUGGUGGAGGAAGACCCAAAAAGAAAAUCUACCACAGGGCACCUGAACUUGACAGGGUCAUGGAAUUACAGAAGAAGCCAUCCCUUAUUCUACAGUUGAAGUCCAUUAUCCAAUCCCAAAAGCACCAAUCCAUCCUUCUACGUGACCUUGAAAAGCAUGUAGGGUUUGUGCAGAAAUGGAAUUUUAUGGCUGUUAUAGAGAGAUAUCCCUCAAUUUUCCAUGCUGGUGGCGGUAACAGAGAACCUCCUUUUGUUUGUCUCACUGAAAAGGCCAGAAAGAUUGCCAGUGGAGAAGCUGAGGCCAGGGCUUUAAUGGAACCAAUUUUGGUGAACAGCCUGAGAAAGUUGUUAAUGUUAUCUGUUGAGUGCUGUGUUCCACUUGAAACUAUUGAAUUUGUUGGCCCAGAAUUGGGUUUACCACUUGAUUUCAAGACCUCCUUGAUUCCCAAGUACCCUCAUUUCUUUUCUGUGAGAGAAGUCAAUGGGAGAGCUUGUCUUGUAUUGGAAAAUUGGGAUUCUUCAUUAGCUGUCACUGCUAGGGAGACUAGGUUAGCUGAAGAAGGAAUUUCAAAGCCUGCUGGAUAUCAAAAGAAGGUUAAGAUAUCAAAAGAUGGAAACUAUCCUGGUCCAUAUGCAUUUAGAGUGAAUUUUCCAGCUGGUUUUAGGCCAAACGUUGGUUAUCUUGAGCAAUUUGAGAAGUGGCAGAAAAUGGAGUUUCCUUCUCCCUAUUUGAAUGCAAGGAGAUUUGAUAUUGCUGAUCCUAAAGCUCGCAAAAGAGUUGUGGGAGUUCUUCAUGAGCUCCUGAGUUUGACCAUGGAGAAGAGGAUGACAUCUACACAGCUGGACGCAUUUCAUUCAGAGUAUCUCUUACCAUCUAAGCUAUUGCUUUGCUUGAUAAAGCAUCAGGGGAUCUUUUAUCUCACUAAUAAAGGUGUAAGAAGUACAGUUUUUCUGAAGGAAGCCUACCAUGAUUCCAACUUGAUUGAUAAGUGUCCUUUGUUGCAAUUUAAUGAUAAAUUUGUAGCGCUUAGUGGUAGAGGUAAUAUUGAUAUUUGUUACACCAAGAAUUCUUUGCAUACUGCUGUUUAGAAGUUGAAUUUCAUCAACCGUAAUUUUCAGUGA